AUGGAAGUCUACAAAGAUGUCGAGAGAACAUCGAAAUUGAAGACGUUCUCCAACCAGUCCAUCUUGAUUGAAGAGGAGGAAGAGGAGGACUAUAACGACAUGACGCCGGAAGCAGUGGAAGCGGUGAAAUACUUGAAAGGUGUCAUCGGCCAGAUUGCGAGCCAGACUAAGAAGUUGAAUAACGAGUUCGAGAAAUUGGCGAACAAGAAGUUAAGAAAGAACAACUUGAGCACUAUCGAAAGUAAAAAGGAGAAGAUACAAUCUACAGUGGAACUGAAUAAGUUCCACACCAAAAAGCUCUUUAAGGUCAUCAAGUAUGUCCGAGCCAACAAGAUGUCCGAUAUGAACUUAAUCUGGUUGAUAAAGGACGACUUGAACAACUACUUGGAGAACAACGGCAAUAUUGAUUUUACAGACGACACAUCCAUAUAUGAUGACAUCUUCAAUCUGGUAGUCAUAGAAGAUGACUACUCCGAAUUCAACGACUCAGAAAUACACUCCAAUACAAGUAGAGACCCAGAAGAGGUACCAAUCAAGAACGGAAGUGCCAACAACAAUGUGCUAGGAAGACUAAGCUCUGGCACUGUGGAAACGAGGACACAACCGAACCACAUCAACACAUCCAUACCAGCGUCACCUGUAAAUAAACACAUGAGCCCAGAGUUAGCAAGUCCAGCUAUUGUCAGAACACUUAAGCCAGCUUCCACACCUUCAAAGCCCGUAGGGAACUUAAAAUGGUCUACAGCAGCAGCAGGUAUCCUGGAGGUUUCCGAAGAAAGUCACUACGAAAGCAGUAGAGCUUCGGCAGCUUCUUCCGUAAGUCCCAAAGUGACUAAUGGUUCUACUACUGUUGCUCCAUUGAGCACCGUGAAAUCUUCUUCCAGUAGAGUAGAGACCAAAUUCGUCCAUGUCUUGGAGAAUUCGUCAUUGCCGCAAUCUGAGUUGAACUUGUUCAGUGACUUAAACUUAGUCAAGUUGCCGCCAGGAAUGCAAGAUUUGAUAAUAUCAUUCACAUCUAAAAGAAAUAACCCCGAAGACUUCAAGUUGCUCUGUAGCACCCGCAGCUACAAUCAGUACGUGACUCCAAUCAAGAAGUGCAACUUCCCAGAACUUGAUGCAGCAGGAAAUGUAGGUGGAAACAACAAUAAUAAACAAUUCAAGCCACCGGUGCAGUUAUUCAAGUUGCUGUCGUACUGGAAUAGAAUCAGAGCUAAUGACGAGUUUGAUAGAAUCUUGGAAGAGAUACAGACAUUAAGUGAAAAAGACUCUGGCGAAGGCAAUCCAAUAGCAAACGAGUUGACGUUGGUGUUGUUUUAUGGAUUCUACUUUGGUUUCACGCCUGUGGAAAACUUGAUUGCCGAAUCGUGCUUGUUCAAGUUAGGCUGGAGACCAUACAAUACCAAUCACAGCGACUCUUCACAGUUAAAUCAAAGCCAAAACCAGAUAUCGUCACCAUCCAGUAACGGAAAGGUUUCGCAGUCUUCAAAGGACAAAGUAACAGUGCACAGCUGGGUUAGACGUAUUAAGUUAUUGUCGAAUUCAGAAGAAUCCACAGCCUUUGAGAUUGGAGACUAUCAGGUGUUUGACUUGUCUUUCUGGGAAGUCUACAUCAAGUACGGCUUCACAUUGGACCUCAGUCUCUGUAAAACAGAGCCAACCAGCGCCAUUUGCUAG